AUGGCCACCGUCUCGAGAACAGAUCCGGCGAUUCAGGACAUCCUUGAUUAUUGGUUCGGCCUUAGCCCUAAAGAUUGGUUUAUGGGAUCAGCCAGUCAGGAUGCAAUCAUCAAGGAACGGUUUGCACCUCUAGUGGAAAAGGCAAGGCUGACGGACGAGCUCAAUGCGACAUGGACGAGUACACCUUCUGGCUCACUUGCUUUGGUUAUCCUGCUUGACCAAUUUACCCGUAACAUAUUCCGCGUCGGCAACCACGAGGACCCGGGCCUCUCUUUUUCUGGAGACGUCAAAGCUUUGAGGCUCGCAUCGGAAGCUAUCGCAAAGGGAUAUGAUCGCCAAAUACAGCAGGAAAAUGAAUCAAAGCCCUUGCUUGGUGUUCCACAUCGUUACUUUUUCUAUUUGCCUUUUAUGCAUGCCGAGAAUCUGCCAUCUCAGAUAGCGUGUCGCGCUCUUUUCGAGGUCAUGAAGCAAGAAGGAGAGGUUGCUCAGUUGAAGCGUCUGGCCGAAGGCAAGGAGGACAGCGAGGCCGAGAAGACCAUACAAGAUUUGGUCGAGAAAGGGUGUGAAUUCUCGCAGAAGCAUUUGGACUGUGUCUCAGCUCUAGGCAGGUUUCCGAAACGUAAUGAGCCGCUGGGGAGGGGCCAUACUGAAACGGAAAGGCAGUGGUUAGAAGUGCAUCCUAUGGGAUUUUAA